AUGAACAAUUACAACAAAAAAAUUGAACAACGUCAAGAAUAUCUUCAAACACUUAUAAAAACAUGUCAACAAGCACGUGAAUUAACACAACCAAUUGAUCUUAAUUUAUCAUUAAAUAAUCUUAAUGAUAUUCAAGAUUCAAUGGCACAACUUAAUGUAUCGAUUGAUCAACGUUUAUUAAGACUUGAUCAAGCACUUCGUGAUGAACCAAAUUUAAUUAGUUCAAAUGAUAAAGAAAUUCGUGAAAGAUUAAAUACAGUUGAAGAACUUAAACAUCAAGUUAAAAAUCAUCUAAAUAAACGACGUACUAUACUUGAUGAUAUUCAUCAACUUGAUAAAUUCUUUUGUUACUUUCUUCUUUUUUUUAGUGAUGCUGAUUUUAAAUUAGCACCAUUUUUUCAUGGAUAUGAUCGUAAUCGACUUGAUGAACAUGAUCGUGAACUACACUCUCUUGAACAAAUAUGUCAUGAACAAACAAAUCGUUUAGCUGAAGCACAGAAAUUAGUUGAUAUAUUUCGACCACAUUUACGAAAUAAUGCAAAAGAAUUAUGUGAUAGUCAAUUAAGAAAUUUUCAUCAAACCAUUGAAGAUCUUGAAACUCGUAUUCAUCAACGUCGUAAAGAAUUAGAUGAAAUUCGUCAAAAAUCGAAUAGAUUUAAUUCAAGUCUUAUUCGUUUACAAUCUGAUACAGAUCGACUUUUACAUAUGAUUGAAAAAGCACCAGAUAGUGCAGAAACACUUAUUUCAGAAAUUGAUUCAACAUUUUCAGCUUUACAAUAUCUUGGACAUAUGGCUAGUUCAGUAGAAACUAUUCGAGAUAGUCUUGAUCGAGCAAAAAGAUCUUAUGAAGAAAAUGAAACUAUUCGAAAUCGUAUUGAAAAAAUAUUAAAUAAAAGUUUUAUCAAAGAUGUUGAUUUGGAAACAUCACAUUUAUCUGAAGUGAAUGAUUUAAUAUUAACAUUAACUGAAAGAAAAUGUGAUCAACAAAUAAUUCGUUCAUUAGAACAAAAAACAAGAAGAUAUUUUAUAAGAUCUUCUAAAAAAAUUGAUGAUGAUUUAACAACAAAUUAUGAAUUAUUUGAACAAUCAUUAAAUAAUUAUAAACGUGUAUAUGGAAAUAUAUCGGAUGAUUGA